UUUCUCUCCUCCUCCCUACUUGAUACUUAUUUCUACUCUUCCCCCCCAUCUCAAUUCCCUCUCCUCCUUUUCCUUUGAGUAUUUCUCACCUCUUCCUCUCUCUCCUAUCAUGUCUGCUUCGUGUUCCGCGUUGAGACGGCUGACCCACAGGUCUCCCCGCACUUUGCUGCCCUCCCGCUCUGUCUCCUCCGUCUCCCGCUUUUCUCCUGCUUCUUCCCUCGCCCGCUCCUCCUUGACUCUCCCCCGUCAACCCACCCAGGUCUCGCGUUUCUCGACCAUGUCCGCUCUGCAGUCUGCGGCCCCUGCGGCCCCCUCCAACCGGGCUUAUGAUCCUGAGAUUAAGGAUAUGGCCGAGUAUGUUCACAAGUACAACGUGAACUCUGAUUUGGCGUAUGACACCGCUCGUCUGGUCUUCCUCGAUACCCUCGGCUGUGGUCUGGAAGCCCUCAAGUUCAAGGAGUGCGCCAAGCUGCUCGGUCCCGUCGUGGACGGCACCGUCGUCCCCAACGGUACCCGCGUCCCUGGUACCCCCUACCAGCUGGACCCCGUCAACGGUGCCUUCAACAUCGGUGCCAUGAUCCGCUGGUUGGAUUACAAUGACUGCUGGCUGGCCGCCGAGUGGGGUCACCCCUCCGACAACGUCGGCGGUAUCCUCGCCGUCGCCGACUGGAUCUCCCGCACCAACCGCGCCGGCGGCAACGUCGGUAACGGCAAGGUCCUCCAGGUCAAGGACGUCCUCGAGGCCAUGAUCAAGGCCCACGAGAUCCAGGGUGUCCUCGCCCUCGAGAACUCCUACAACAAGGUCGGCCUCGACCACGUCGUCCUCGUCAAGGUCGCCACCGCCGCCGUCGUCUCCAAGAUGCUCGGCCUCUCCGAGAAGCAGACCGCCGACGCCAUCACCCAGGCCUGGGUCGACGGCCAGAGUCUGCGCACCUACCGUCACUCCCCCAACACCAUGUCCCGCAAGUCGUGGGCCGCCGGUGACGCCUGCCAGCGCGCCGUCAACCUCGUCCUCAAGGUCCAGAAGGGCGAGGGUGGUGUCCCCACCGUCCUCUCCGCCCCCGGCUGGGGCUUCUACGACGUCCUCUUCAAGGGCAAGAAGUUCCAGUUCCAGCGCCCCUACGGCAGCUACGUCAUGGAGAACGUCCUCUUCAAGGUCUCCUACCCCGCCGAGUUCCACUCCCAGACCGCCAUCGAGGCCGCCCAGAUCAUCAACAAGAAGCUGGCCGCCCUUGGCAAGUCCGCCAAGGACAUCAAGGAGGUCACCAACCGGACCCACGAAGCUUGCAUCCGUAUCAUCGACAAGCAGUUCAAGGAGAUGGACAACUUUGCCGACCGUGAUCACUGCGUUCAGUACAUGGUCGCCACCAUGCUCUCCUUCAACCGCCUGACCGCCAACGACUACGCCGACGGCUCCGAAGCCGCCACCUCGCCCCUGGUCGAGGACCUGCGCAAGCGCAUCAAGUGCGUCGAGGACCCGCAGUACACCAUCGACUACCACGAGCCCACCAAGCGCACCAUCCCCAACGCGCUGACGGUCACCCUGAACGACGGCACCGUGCUGGACGAGGUCGCCGUCGAGGCGCCCCUGGGCCACCGCCUGCGCCGCGAGGAGGCCAAGCCCGAGAUCCUCGACAAGUACAAGCGUCACCUGCAGGCUCACUUCGACCAGGGCCGCAUCGCCGAGCUCCUCAAGGUCGGUCUGGACCAGUCGGCCCUGGAGGCCAUCGAUGUGGACCAGUACGUCGAUCUGUAUGUGACCGAUAAGAUGGUUGCUGCUCAGUAAACAAACUAAAUGU